ACAUGGGUUGGGUUGGGUUGGGUUGGGUUGGGAAGUCUGAGUCUAGAUCAGUAAGUAGUUCAGAUCUCUGGGAUGAGUAGUAGUAGCAAAAGCAAAAGCAAAAGCAAUUGAAUUGAAUUGCAUUGAACUCAGCAGAGCAACGAAAGACGAUGACAAGACCUCCUUACAAGGCAUCUUCAUCCGCAUCCUCAACCAAGAGACCCGCCUUCCUUCACCUCCUCUGUGCUGCCGCCAUUUUCUCUCUCCUCGUUUUUGGCAUUCAAUCAUCUCUCUUCACUGGCACCCGGAAACUCGGUAUAAACAAAGAAGAAAUUCGGAUCUUGUCUGAUUUCCAGUCCACUGUCCAGCAAUGCGUGGCAAGCAAAGGGCUUGGACUCACUGCACAUAUUAUUGACCACUGUAAAUUGAUUCUUAAGUUUCCUGAGGGUACUAACAGCACUUGGUACAAUGAGCAAUUUAAAAUCUUUGAACCCUUGGAGUACAGUUAUGAUGUUUGCGAGGCGAUUCUGUUGUGGGAACAGUACCGUAAUAUGACUACAGUGCUGACAAGAGAAUAUCUAGAUGCUCGGCCUGAUGGGUGGUUAGAAUAUGCAGCAAAAAGGAUAGCACAAUUAGGUGCAGAUAAAUGCUACAAUCGCUCUCUUUGUGAGGAGCACCUUAGCUUACUUUUGCCUGCAAAGCCACCCUUCCACCCUCGACAGUUUGAGAGAUGUGCUGUUGUUGGAAAUUCAGGUGACCUCUUAAAGACGGAGUUUGGAAGAGAGAUUGAUAGUCAUGAUGCUGUUAUACGAGACAAUGAGGCCCCCGUUAAUGAGAAAUAUGCCAAGUAUGUUGGUCUGAAGAGGGAUUUUCGCCUAGUAGUGAGGGGUGCAGCUCGUAAUAUGGUUCCUAUUCUCAAUGGGUCAGAUGAUGAGGUACUUAUUAUCAAAAGUUUGACCCAUAGAACCUUCAAUGCAAUGAUAAAGAGUAUUCCAAAUCCAGUUUAUCUAUUCCAAGGUAUUGUGUUACGCAGAGGUGCCAAAGGAACUGGAAUGAAGUCUAUAGAACUAGCACUUUCCAUGUGUGACAUUGUUGACAUAUAUGGUUUCACAGUUGAUCCAGGUUAUACUGAAUGGACCCGAUACUUCUCCACACCAAGGAAAGGGCAUAAUCCACUUCAAGGGCGGGCAUAUUACCAACUUCUAGAAUGCCUUGGUGUUAUUAGGAUUCAUUCUCCCAUGAGGGCGAAGAGGAAGCAAGACUGGUCAGACGUGCCGAGCCGAGAAACUAUAAGCAGAGCUCAUGCAGCAGCUUUGCGCUUGAAGAGGGGCCAAAAUGACCAAGCUGGUGGGCUGGGACAAUUUGAUAGCUGUAAGGUGUGGGGCAAUCCUGAUGGGAGCGGGCCAAUCUCGGGAUCUCCAGACAUGAGUAUUGUCAGGAAGCAUUCAAAUUACAGUAAAUGGGAAGUGAUGCCGUUUGAGAGUCUAAGAAAGGAGGCACAGGAUUACUACAAGCAGAUGCAAGGUGUCACACUGUACAAAAUGGAUGGCAAUAAGCUGGAAGACCUGGUAUGUGUGAGGCAUAGCUUAAAAUCUGAGGCGUAAACAAAAUCUGGUGUUGUGCCUUUCGCAUUCCUUUGUGAUGUUUGAUUGGUAGAAGACCCAACUGGUGUUUUUCAUAGAUCAAGGUCCUGUUAAUUAGUAGCACCAUUCCUUUACCUCGCUUUAAGAGCAAGUGCGCAUAUGGUCCAGUCAAUGUUUGUUUAAAUUUAUAGCAGUUGGAUCAUAGGAUUCAUUCAGCCAAACAUGUGAAGGGAGUAAGGAGAUUGUCUAACCUCAGUGAUAUAAUACCCCAUUGCUCAAAGGGUUUUACUGUGCAUGUGUUGAAAUGAAAGAUGAGACCUAUGAAAAUUUUGGAAACAAUCGUAUUAUUCUUUAAAAUGCAAGAUAUUUUUUUCCUAGUA